AUGACAAACCUGUAUCAAAAGACCUACCUUGCCCGGCGGCCCCCUGCCCGAUGCGUGACCAGGCGGCAAGCGGGAAACCCACCACCGAACAUCGGUUGGACGGUGGUCACCGCCAAUGGUGGUGACGCUGGUGAGGUGGUGGUGUCGUUGGAGGCCGGGACCACGGGCGGCGGCGGUGCGCCGGCCGCGCGCCGCGUUAUCGCCGACGAACCAUCGGGCGUUAAGGUAUUCGUAGUGGUAGCAGCAGCAGCAGCAGCAACCGCCGCGCUGCCACCAAAUGACAUCUCGUCAUUUUUUCAUGGGUCAAAACGCUUGUCAAAGAAAAAUCAACCGGUUUUUUGUAGUCUGUUGCAUCAAGCUUCCCCGUCUCGGGCUCCGUCUCGGACGGUUGAUUGA